AUGAAGCUGGACCGACAGUUGUGGAUUUUCCUGCUUGUUGUCUCACAUUACAGGGCAACUUCACAAACAAGUAUAGUAACCGCCGAGGACGAUCAGUACUGCUUAACGGAUACGGGUGAUCAUGGCCUGUGCGUGUAUCAAUAUCAAUGUUUAGAUGGUCGCAUUAUUUAUUAUGGGGAAUCCGUGAUUGACCUCCGGCGUGCUGGGGAUGAUUGUGGCGAGUAUUUGAUGGUUUGCUGCAAAGAUGGAAAUAGCACCAACCAAAUUGGACCAACAACCGACGAUGAGGUAAAGAAUGUUCCAACGACUGUUGUCAAUGGAACUACCACUCGCCCACCAUCCAGUGGAAAAGGUGGAAAUGGUACGGUAAGACCACCAGUCGUGACCUCUACGGAAAGUUCUCUGCACAAAGGCCAGAACAGAACUCCUGGAAAGCCUGAAGGCCAGGAAACCACUGGUAAAGGCGGAAACGCUACAGUAUCACCACCACCCGCGUCAACGCAAAGAAUACCGACCAUUAAAGGGACAAGCACAACGAAAAGACCAAUACAACCACCACCGCUGAACAUCCCAGAGUACAAUGUGGAAGGCUGCGGACAUCGUAACCCUAAUGGGGUUGUUUUCUCUAUCCAAAACAACGUACACAGCGAGUCCGAGUACGGCGAGUAUCCUUGGGUAGCCGCAAUCUUCGUGCCUAAUGAGACCACCUCUGAACUGCAGUACCGUUGUGGUGGAGCAUUGAUCGAUCACGCGGCGGUACUGACCACUGCCAGCUGUGUGUACCAGUACCGCUCGAAACCAUCGCAGUUAGUAGUUCGACUGGGUGAAUGGGAUAUGAGCACCCAGCGCGAGCCAAUAUCGCAUGUCGAUAGUGAGGCAGAGAACGUACACAUUCAUCCGGAGUAUAGUGUUACGACUAAAGUCAACGAUAUUGCGAUAGUGAUCCUGCGUGACACGAUAGUGAUGAAUCAUACGAUCGGUGUGAUCUGCUUGCCACAGGUAAAGGAUGUGCCAAUAGGCGGGGAUCUCAUAGGCGCUGGAUGGGGCGAUGCACCAUUAUUUGUGACUCCGAAGAAGUUCCCGCAAUCCAUCCUCAAGAAGGCACAUCUGCAUCGCAUGUCAAAAAAAGAAUGUCAGGAAAAGAUGCGUAAACUGAUGAAGCGCAACUUUCAGCUACACGAAAGUUUUAUCUGCGCUCAGGCAAUCGACACGGAGAUGUUACCAUGCCGAGGAGAUUCAGGUUCCCCGUAUGUGGUAGAAGUUUCGGGAGGUAGCGAACGUUACUAUCUGGUCGGCCUUAGCUCUUGGGGUUACGAUUGCAACAGGCAGAACACACCGACUGUGAUGACAAACGUCGCUUACCAUCGGGACUGGAUCGACAAAGUGAUUAAGCAGGAAAAUCUCAACCCAUGGACGUACACUUACGAACCUGAAGCGAGCAAUGAGAGUGAAGAAAACAAAUAA